AAAAUGCGCUGUCGCGACUUGCAAUACGACAGAGAGGGAAAGGAGACAUAGAUGUUGUCAAUGCGAGCGCGUCCGUUGCUGUCGUCGUUGUCGUCGUGGUUAUUUUUGAGAAAUGUUGGUGAAAUACUCGUGAUAUCAUAACUUGUAUAAACAAUUAAAAAAAAUGUAUUCACUCGAGAAACAAGUUGUUUAAUAAGUGUAAGUCUGUUUCAAGUGAAAAAGGAUAAAAAGAGAGAAAGAGUAUAGACUCGAAAACAAGGUGGUGUGACCGACAAUCGAUCGGGCCUUUCCUAUUUUUUAAUCGAUUCUUUUUACAUACUAUUUAACAUUCGCUUUUAUUCAAAUUAAUCCUGGUAUAGUCAUAAAAAUUUUAAAUAAAAAAAGAAUAUGGGAUCCAUAGUAUUGAAAUCCCUUUCCGUGUUACUCGGUAUAUUCUUCGUUUUUGUUGGUACAAUGAAAUUAACGUCCCAUAUUAGCAAAGAUCUGCAUAAAGACCUGAGAAAAGAAUAUGUCAAAUAUGCAAAAGUAUUUCCAUUAUCUACCACGUUGGAUUUCAAAGUUCCGAGCAAAUGGUAUAGAAGAGUGGUUGGCUCGCUCGAAAUCAUCUGCGGUCUUGCCAUGGCAAUAAUUCCAAAUCAUAAGAUAAAAAAUUUGUCCAAUGCGAUAUUGCUCUUUUUGAUGCUAAUGGCCGUAUAUUCUCAUUAUAUGGUAAAUGAUAGAUUUGAAAGAAUCGCGCCGGCUUUGGUAUUCUUCUUUAUGCUGACUGGUCGAUUGGUAAUAGAUUGGCAAUUACGACGGGAAGAUGCACAACCAGUUGCAGCUAAUGGAGUAGAUGAGAAAACUAGAAAACAAGACUGAAUCUAUUUAUUUGAAGAUCUGGCGAGCGUAUCUCUUUUACACAUUUUGCAAAGCAAAUCGUAGGUCAAAACAGAAUUCUGUCGAGAGAAGGAAAUAUAAACUCUAAAGAUAAAUUACACUAAUCGUGCGAACAAAACUAGAUGGAUGUUAAACAUUUAUUUCUAGUAUUCCUUCCGUUUAUGGACAGGAUAGAAUAUUUUCGAUGAGAAUAUACGAAAAUGCUACAUACUUUUUAGUAUAGACUCGAAUACGUCCGACAACAUAAAAUGAGCAAUAUCUUAUCCACAUUUUUGCAUGUAAAUGAAAAUUUCCAGAUCCACAUCAUAAUUGUUUGGGUCGAUAUUGCUAUUCAGAAAUGAAACACAAUGUGUUAGCAGGUCCAUAUUCGUGCUCCUAAAUUAUGUGAAAUAUUUACAUUAAGCAUGAGAUAUAAGGAGUUUAUUAAAAAUAUAUUUACCAAAGUCUGCAAUACAUUAAUAAGAUGAGAGUUAAGUAAAUUUUGUUCCAUCGAUUACAUGACAUUAGAAUACUUCUAUAUUAGAAAUUAAUCUGAUACCCACCAUUUCUUCAUUUACAUUGUCCAACAAUGAAUAUGAAUAUUAGUUAAGUACAAUUAACUGCCACAGAAAAGAAAUGUGUUCUCCUUAAUAUCGUAACUGAAUGUGUGUA